CUACCUUUCUAGUGUUAUUGGACUCCUGCUGUGUGUUGGCAGUACUCCUAACAGAAACACGUUUUUUUUAAUUGAAAAUAUUAUGAGAUGAGACAAAAAAUAAUAUUUGAGGAACUUUUUGAAGAUGCCUCCACCCUAAAGGUGCUGUGUAUUACAUAACAUUAUAUUAUAUAUUCAGACAACCUUUUUUUUAAAAUUGAUCUCACCCAACCCAAUUCAUAAACAUAAUCUCUCUCGAGCCUUCUUAAGCGCCGCCCAUAUCUGCUGCCCGCAGAGCUGAACCUAUCGCACCCCGGCAGAUUUAAACACACUGAGUGAUCGAGAACACACGGGGCGGAGCUACACCCCGAACCCAGGCUGGACGGGAAAAUAAAGAAGGUGGCAAAGCAAUCGCACUGAAAUCGUUAUCACAGUGGACGAGUGUAUGUUUUCUACGUUGAACAGUCCAAUUUGAAAACGUGAAAUGAGACUCAGGUCUCAAAAGACCAUUACGCCUCCCUGCUUGGAGCUGCCGAGAAGCACCCGCCGACAGUCCAACAAAGCGAGACAAACCAGCUUAUCAUGGACCGAAAGCCCUCUUCAAACCAAGGUUACAGAGACCUUGGAUAAUGACUCCCACUUCUUAUACGACCAAAUCCCACCAAUAACAAGGCGACCGCUGCUUCGUGGUCGGCCAAGGAAGAGAGCCAUCGCUGUCGAUGAUGGAGAAUCUGAAUUGGGCUUCAAGACUCCCACCAGGUCCAUCAUGCAACAUGAGUGCAUUCUGUCAGAGAUCGACCCAGUGUCACCUCGCAAUGCAACAUCCAGAAACAUUUACUCGCCCAUUGUGCGUUUCCUCACACCAACCAAAGAGAACGUGAAACGUGAAGGUUCUGGAAAUGUGCUGAUGAGCCCAGAACAAGGUGUGUUUGGAUUUGGCUCAAUUGACCUAUUGGCUGGAGAAGAGGAUGAGGACAUCUUCAGUCCCUCAACAUUCAUCAAAAACAUUCCAUCGCAAUCGCAACAUUCCCAACCCCAAAUCACAGAUAUUCCCCCCAAGACCAGGAGCACCCCUGAGGCCACACUUGUGGUCGAUCUGGAGGAGACCCUGAUGUUCAGCUCUCUGAAUGUGAUCGAGGAAGCAGAGUACACCUUCAACACAGCUUUCCAGGACAAUCAGUACAAGGUAUACAUGAUCUUACGACCACAUGUCAAAGAGUUUCUGCAGGCCAUGUCCAAAACCUAUGAGAUGUUUGUUUACACAUGUGCGAAGAAGGAAUACGCAGAGAAGAUACUGGACAUCCUGGACCCGCAGAGAAAACUGUUCCGACAUCGUCUCUAUCAGGACGACUGUGCCUGUGUUCUCGGCCACUACAUCAAAGAUCUCGGUGUUCUCGGGAGGGAUCUCGCCAAGACGGUUGUUCUGGACAACGCCCCCCACACAUACCCGUACCAUCUGAUGAACACGAUACCCAUCAAGAGCUGGUCCGGGGAGUCAGAGGAUCGAGAACUCCAAAAGCUCGUACCCUACAUGGAGAAAAUGUCUGCAGCGGAGGAUUUUCGGGAGGUGCUGAAGAAGAGGAAGGAUCAUUACCACCGGCUACUGUCGGAGGACUAACAGGACUCCACCCCUCCUCACUGAACCACUUUAUGUGACUUUCACAGCUCGUGUUUGCUUUCUUUAUGCUUUGACUAAAAGCAGUUGGAACUAGCUAACCUUUCGAAGCGGACCUGCCCUCCCUUUCCUCCCUGAUGCCUUUUAAAGGACGGCGGAUCGGUAUUUUAAACAUGCUGCUGAUCAUUCAUCACCAAAACCGUGUAUCUCCAAGACUCAUUCCACAGGGCAAUAAACUGCUGCCCAGUCUUUGUAUAUAUUUAAAAAAUAUGAUUUUGAGAGUUGUGAUUGUUUUUGAUUUAUUUAUUGAUUAUAUAUCUAAUCAACUGCUUAGUCUCUGUAUAUUUUAGAAAUGUUUUUUUAAUGCGAUGAAAUCACCCUGGUAAUAAAUGGGGAAAAUAAAGUUCUCCUGUCACUCCACUGGCUUUACUUCCA